UCUCUUUUUCUGUGUCGUCGCGCCUUGCUCGGUUGCCAAGGUUUCCAGUGGCUGCGCGCGGGGGGGGGGGGCGGGGCCCAAGGGGGCGAGGCUUCCCGUCCGGCGCCGGAAGUACCAGCCGCCGAGGAAGAAGCAGCGGAAGAACGCCGCCCUCCAUCUCCUCCUCCAUCGUCUCCAUCGGUGUCGCCACCGCCGCCGCCGCCGCUGCCAUGGCGUCUGCCUGGGCGGGGAUGAACGAGCGCGAGCGGGAGGGCUGCCGGGAGCUCCUGGAGCUGCUUCACACCGCCGACCUGCUCGCUCUCACCGACACGGUCACCAACCGCCUCGUCGAGCCCGGCAACAGGAACGAAGCCAUACAUGCCAUCUUACUAUACAGCCAAAGUGCCGAAGAGCUGCUGAAGAGAAAGAAAGUAUUUCGAGAGGUAAUCUUCAAGUACUUGGCAACAAAAGGAGUUGUAGUGCCUCCUUCUUCUGAAAAACACCAACUUGUUAGUCGUGCAAAACAGUACUGGUGCGGACAGCUGAAAAAUUGUGACUCGGAUGAAAAAUAUUCUGAGCCCAACGUAGAGCAGCCUCAAGGAGAAGGAAAACAAGGAGAUAAAGAAGAACCUGACAAGGAGUGCUACAGUCUGGGAGAGGAGUUUUGUCAAUGGUUCUUUGAAAUUCUGAACUCUCAGAACCCAUUGAUUGGACAAUCACAAGAUGAAUGGGGACCACAACACUUUUGGGAUGACGCAGUACUAAAGUUUUGUUACAAUACUUCAGAACAAAACAUAGAAGAGUACUUGGGUGCAGAAUUAGUGAGCCUUCGCUUAUUGUCCUUGGUGAGAGAAGAAUACCUUUUUCUGAACCCCAAUUUGAAUGCUGGUGGCCUGAGGUGCGCAGUUUCACAACAUGGGUUAGUUGUGGUGGCAGUAGCUGGCACCGUUCAUAGAAACACUUGCUGUUUAGGAGUGUUUGAACAAAUCUUCGGACUCAUCCGCUGCCCAUUUAGGGAAAAUACAUGGAAAAUCAAGUUUGUGAAUCUAAAGAUUGUUGGUCAGAAUGCCAUGGAACCUGGGACUGAAAUAGAAAGACCUUGCAUAAAAUAUGAGCAAGAGGAACUCCAGGAAUUCUAUGUGCCCAAGGAUGUUGCCUUGAUUGAACCUAAAAAAUUCUGAGCACUUUGUUUGCAAAACUGAAGGAGGAAAGUUUGUGUCCCUUUGAAAAUACAGCACAUGAGCAAACUUGAGCAUUCAAAUAAGUUGUUUGCUUGUGUUUCUUGAGUCAGAUUUUCUGACUGGGUGACAAAGUAAAAGAAUUUCCUAAAUUAGGGAGUUGCAGCUGAUGAUUGGUGAACUGGCUUGUUCUGUCAUAUUGUUUCCUAGUCCAAAUGUAAGAAAUGAGGAAAGGCCAGGGAAUGCUCAAAUUCUCUUCAUUUAGCCACACAUUUUUUCUCUUGACCUUAUUUCCCUCACUGUUGAGAGACUAGGGGCUAGAUGGAAAUAAGCAAACCCAAAUGAGAAAGAUGAACAACUGAAGAAGAAACAUUUUGCUAACUUCUGGCUCUCUUCGUUGGACUGGGAGGAAUUUGAGAUUUGAAGGGAGAGGCCUCUACUUCAGAGGUGGGCAAUUUAUGGCACUUUAGAUGCUAAUGCAUUGCAACUUCAUCCACUCUGGGGUUUUCACGUUGAAAACUGAAGUGGGCUACUUUGAUGGUUAUUUAAAAGAAAGAAUUUCACCAGGUAUGUUUGGUAACAUAUCCAGGUAAGAAGCAGCAUCUGCAGAAAUUACUCUCUUCUACACAACCAUUAAAGGUACAGGAGCCAUCCUCAGCUUUCACCCUGGCCACCCUAAUCCAACCCAGGCAACAUAGUCAGUGGUGAAGGAGAAUAUAAUGUCUUAAGGACCAUGCUUUGCCAACCCUGGGCCUAUAGAAAUGCAAGACUAUCUUUUGCCAAAGACUACAUAUGUCUUAGUGAUGAGUUUGGUGGAGGCAUUUUCUCAUAUAGUAUGUCCUCCACUGUAAAGACCUUUUAGUGUAGCAAACCACACUAUUAGUCCAGUACUAUUAGUUAGGAAUGGUUUCUGUUGCCUUUUUUGAUAUGUACAUGUCACUUAGAAUUUUUUGUUUUUUUUUUUUAAAAUUAAGCUGUAAUUAAAACGGACAUUGAUCCCAGUAUAGUUACUAUUUACUUAAUUUAUUUAAAAGAUUACUUUAAAAGGUUAUUCUAAAUUUUUCACAGAUCCUAAAUCUCAGGGUGGAAGAAAACAAUUUAAUUUAUAGAUUGGUUUUUAUUAUAUUAGUGACUCUGUUAGAUAGUCACAGCCUUUAAGAACUUCUUUGAUCCUCUGUUUAAAGUUAUAACUUUAAACAUAAAGGAAGUGUGACAAGCUCUGAAACAGAUUGAUUUCACUUCUACUGUGACCCAUGUUGAAAUUAUGGAUCUUCCAUGUUUUACUUGUUCAAUACAGUUGCUGCUUUAUGCGACUAUUCACACAUGCAUCUCCCACUAUUUGACUAAAAAAGUGAAACUGGGGGAAAGGGAAUAUUAUUUGGGCCAGCUAUGUCAUUAAACAUCUCAGUAAUUUCUAAUUUUUUUCUUAAUGCUUGAGGUUAUUGUGGAUAAAACAGUUUUAGGAUUACAUUCUUUUUUCCCUUUCAGUUAACGAUAAACCUUUAAAGCUAUGAUUCACCUUAAUUUUAUUAUUCCCUAAAUGUAAGCAACAUUUGAAAGUCCAGAUGUUAUUGAAAUGUUGAGCUCUGUUUUUUGAAAUUAUACAUCAAAGAGCAGGCCCUAUUUAUUUCUUUGUCAGAAAAAGAACUACCAUAUAUACUUGAGCAUAAGUUGAAAAAUUUAUGCCCAGAAAUUGACCCUAAAAUCUGGGGUCAAAUUAUAUACGGGUCAAUACAGUCACCAUGGGUUAAGAUUGACUGCAGGGCAGUUAACAACAACUACAAACAGUAAUAUUGCUUUAAAAAGCAGCCCUGAUGCCCCACUCUCCAUGCCUCUGCAGUGAUUGUUGAAAGAGGUGUGUGUGGUGAUUCCCUUCUCAAUCUGAUCUCCAAACCUUUGGAUUUCCCCAUUUUCUCUCCACCUGCAGCCUGAUCUCCAAACCUUUCUUUCCUUCUCCUCCUCCUUUCAUUUUCCCAUUUUCCCUCCACUUGCAACCCAAUCUUACAACCUUUGCUUCUCAUUCUCUUCUUUCUCCUUACAUUUUCCCUCUACUUGAAACCCGAUCUGAAAAGCCAUGAUUUGGACCCUAAAACCUUCCCUCGACAUAUGCAUGAGGUCAAUUUGUACACAAGUAUAUAUGGUAAUUGCCAAACAAAAAUGGCAGUAUUCUUAAACCAAAACAAAAAGGUAAAACAUACAUAUAGUUGAAAGAAUUAAAGCAAAAGAAGAUGGAUAUGUUUUAUUUCAUGAACAAGUUGGAUGAGGUCAAUGUAUUCAUAAUUAUACUUUGCUGUUUUUACAUAAUCUUGACAGCCAUAGUUGUCAACCUCUGGUCUAAAUGAUGUUGAUUUAUUAAAGUAUGCAUUUCAGUAA